UAUCAUUUUCAAAAUAUGAAACCUUUACAAAAUAUUUUAUGGGAUUCAUUUUUAUGGUCUAAACAAAAAAUAGAAGAUAUUUAUUUGAAAACAAAAAGUGAACAAACAGUAGAUUUGAUUUCAUCAGAUAUUUUCUCUAAUGAAAAAACAAUAAUAGAAGCAGAAUUACAUAAAAAUAAAACAUUGCAAAAAGAUAUUAUUCAAUUACAGAAUGAAAUAGAUGAUUUUUCAAAAUUAGUUAUUUCUUUUGAAAGUAAUUUUAAAUUUAAUGAAAUAAAAUUCCAAUCUGAAUCAGAAAAAAAAUUACAGUUGCAAAUUAAUAAGUUAAAAGAAGAUAAAAGUAAUUUAGAAAGUAAAUUAGAUUGUACAUGCAUAAAAAAUGCAAAAUUGGAAGACAAUAUUGAUGAACUUAGUAUUAAAAUACAAGAAAUGAAAAUAUCAUUAAAAGAAGUAGAAGAGUUAAAUAAAGAAUUAAUACAAUUAAAAGAACAAAAUUCAAAAUUACAAGAAGAAAAGAAUGAAUUAUGCAAGCGACCAAAAAAGGAGGAUAUUGAUAAUCAAUUAAAAGAUAUUCAUGAUAAAUAUAAAAUUAAAGUAGAUGAAAUUAAACAAAAUAUGAAAACAGCAUAUAAUGAACAAAUAACAAAGCUAAAUAAAGAACAAGAACAAUGCAUACAGGAAAGAUUGGAAUUACUACAAAGAAAAAUGGAAUUACAAUGUCGCAAACAAGCAGAUGAAUUAAAUAAAUACAAAGCUCAUGUUGCUAACAUGAGUUCACAGCUUUGGAAUGUUGGAGAAAAAUUAUUAAGUGAACAGCAAGAAAAGGAAAAAUUACAAAAGAAAUUAACAGAAUUGAAAACUAAAUAUCAAGAUUUGGAUCAAAAAUUUGUUCUUUAAAAGAAUAUAAGAAUUUAAAGUAU